AUGAUAAAGGCGAAACGCCUCCUGAUUAGUUGCACUGUGUCAUAUCCUGACCUUUUUGCCCUGAUCGACUUUACUAAACUUAAACCAGUUUUGGAAAAGAAAAUAUUUCAGAUCGUUAACACCGGUGAGAACGAGAGUAGCAAGUCGCCAGGAAUUCUUGUGCUGAGGAUUAAUCGUUGGAAUCCUAGUGAUGUCCCAUUUGAUGAAUUGGUAGCGGUUGGAAUUCUCUACGUUUAUGAACUCAUAAAGGAUUCCUUUGCGACACAGAGGAACGGAGGCAUUCUUAUCAUAGAUGCAGAUGGAUUCGAAUUCAGCCAUGUUAAAGUCAUAUCGUUUGAUGCGAUUAAAAGGCUGAACUGCUUACUAAACGCAUUGCCAAUUAAAUUCGUUGGUUGUGUAAUUAUAAACAGCCCAAAAGUGGUGGAGAAAUUGUUUAACAUUUUCAAAUAUGCGGUAGGAGCGAAGAAUAGGAAAUUGAUUCAUGUCGUCCAUAAAAAUCUCUGGCCACUAAAUGACAUGAUCCCGGCUGCAGAUUCUAUGCAGAUUCCAAGAUGUUUCGGAGGAAAGGUUGAUGACGAGAUUGGAUUUUUAAGUGGGGUCGAGGACUAUAUGAUGGACGAUACAACAGUGCCAACUUUAGUGGCAAAUGUGCAAAAUAAGUAUAAAAUGCAGCAUAUCAAUGUAUGAUUGACCACGUUCCAGUCCUGAAUAACAAAAGAUUAGACAUUUCUAUAUUCACAGAAUAUUUUAUUUCGCUAAUAAAUAGUGUAACUGCGACCCAAUUCAGGGACGUACAAAUCAUAGGUCCUGUUAUAUAUUUUUGAGGAAUAUAGUUUGUAGUUGAUUAGUAUAGACAGAUGUUUAUUUGCAUAGUGUGUUAUAACUUGUAAACCAGUCUGAUCGUCUGACUGAAUGUCUGACUGAAUGUGACUAACACUUGAAUAAAGGUAAAUUGAUUGAAUUGUUA